GAACCGCUACCUGGAAGCAAGCAAACUGUAUUGCUACAUGUUCUGCGUGCCUCGUUAUGCAUGCAUUUCUCCAAAACUUACCAGCAGUUGCUGCUCACGCUCCCGCCAGAGCUGAGGGAUAGCGCCAUCGAGUACCGCAAGCUCAAGAAGUUGAUUAACCAGGUUGUGACGGAGCUUACAUCGCUCGGACUUGCCCCAGAGGUUCUGCACGAUGUCUUGCAGCCAGGAGGCGCCGAGUUCACCGCACCCCGGACAAUCAAAGUCAACGAGCAGGAAGUCGAAGUGAUUUAUGAACUGAGGCGUGUCGAGGACCACAUUGAACCUCGCCUCCGCCUACGCAUCGAGUCACACGACCAACCCGUCGACGGUUCCCCCGCCGGUACAGCCGGUAUAAGUGCUCCAGGUGACGGCCUUGAAGUCGGUGACGAUCGCAUAACGUCAACUAUGGAAUUUGGCGUUGGUCCGGAUGGCGUGGAAUACACAGACGAAUCCAUUCUCAUAUCACCUGGAGUAGCGGAGGCGGCAUCGUCGGCGAACUCCCCACCCGACGCCCACGAAGUCGUCAUACCGCUCGCCUCCGACUCGGCCUUCUACCAGCUGCUCACGCAGGCGCUCCAAAUCCUCAGCUCUCGCCUGACGGCCGUCCGGCUCGACUUCGAGUCCAAGCUACAUGCCCUCUCCCGUAGCAUCUCGUUCGCCGCACGCCCCAUGUCCGCCACGCAGUCCUUCCGGGCCCACUCCGCGCACGCGACGCACCCCUCCGCCAUCGAAGUGCAGACGCCGUCGCACAUCCCCUUCGCGGCAAGCAAGUCCGACCUGUACGCCUGGCGGGAGAUCUUCCAGCUGUACAUGGACACGGAGAUCUUUGAGAGCCACGCAGAGGCCAGCCGCGGCGAGCGCACGAUCGAAGAAGCCGAGGCGCGCAUGGCGCGGUUCCUCGAGCAGCUCGAGUCCCGCGGGCUGGCGAGCGGGCGGCGGUUCACGGUGAGGGAGAGCAGGGACGCGCUGCAGAUGUUCCUCAGCCUGAACGCGUUCAUCCUCGACCUGCGCAAGUUCCAGCACGCGACGGCGGAGGCGACGCGGAAGAUUCUGAAGAAGCACGCGAAGCGGACGGCGCUGCCGCUCCCGCCCGCGCUCGCGUCGCCGUUCAUGGUCCCGGAUGGCGCGAACCCGCGCACGUUCUCGAUCGUGCUCCCGCCGGCGGGCGGGCCGUCUGCGCUCGUGCCCCGUUCGACGGUGUCGCUGUCGCACCUGCUCGGACAGGCGCUGGGCGAGACCAUCCUGCCGAUUAUACCGCACAUUGACGACUAUGCGUGUCUCAUCUGCACGAACAUCGCUUUCAAGCCUAUCCGGCUCUCUUGCGGGCACCUAUUCUGUGUACGGUGUCUGGUGAAGAUGCAGAAGCGCGGGCAGGAUCAAUGUCCGAUGUGUCGCGCGCUCACUGUCGUGUCUGCGAAUCGAUCCAACGUCGACUGGGCGAUGCUCAACUUCAUGAAGGAUUGGUUUCCGAUCGAGUCGAAACAGAAACUACGACAGAACGAGAGGGAAGUGGCUGAGGAGGAACUGGAGGAACUGGGUAUUGACAAUCCCAAUUGCAUCGUAAUGUAGUUCAUGCAUAGGACAUUUUCUUGGGCUGUCGUAACUUAUGAUUCUUGGGAUGUUGGUAAUACUAAACUGGUUCAUAUUUCAGAAGCAAGUUGGUAUCUCAUGUCCAGUGGUGCUGAACCGGUAAUGCAACAAUACUGUUCUACACCCGC